GUUCUGGCCUCCGGGGGACGUGCGGAACAGUCAGAGGGAUGCGCACAAUUACACGUUUUUCUACUCGCCUUUUUCGCUCUCGAAGAGCGGGAAACGGGAGAUAUUGCAGGACUUACAAGGGCUUCCGCCGAUGGGGUUGAAAGCAGGUAGUGGUGGUGGCACUACAAGUGCUGUUGAACCAGCAAUUUUCGGAGUUCCGACGGACGAUGAGAGGUAUUUAUUGGAGGGCUAUCCGGUUACCAUUCUUUCCGAAAGGAGCAAGGAAAAUGCGCAGAAAAUCACGGCAGAGCAAAUUGUUCCAAAUGCAGCGGCUCUCGCAAAUGCGAUGCGGGUGCAACCGCAGUUGUCCAGUUAUUUUGAGAGCUCCGAAGGGAAGUUCUCU